CUCCGGCCGGAAGAAGGCCGUCCCGGCUGGCGCCGCUCUUUCCUGCCGCCGAGCGGAGCGGGAGGGGCGAGCGAUGGAGGGUAACGGGCCGGAGCUGUACGGCAUCGAAGACGAGUUCGAGGCGCAGUUCGCCGACGAGCUGGAGGCCCUAGCUGAGCUGGAAGGUCCAGCCCGGCCCCUGGGAUGCCACAAGGCCUCCAGACUCCACAGCCAAAAACGAACCUUUGAAGAGGCGCUCUCGACUGGGGAUCUGGUCCAGGACCUCCGUCUUUGUCUGGGAAAAGAUGCCCGGAGCCAGGUCUCCCCCAAGAAGACGCCAGGUGAAGGUAACGCAAAAUGUGGGGGGCCCAAACGCCCCCCAACAAUCACAGAAAUGGAUUCUUCCCAUCAGAACCAGAAGGUUGGCCCAGCUCACACACCAAAACCAAAGCGGCGGAGACUUGAAGCUGUGAAAAGGCUGGACUUUGGGCAGCUCAACAGAAUUGUCUCUGAAGACUCACCAGAGGGUAGUUCAGCACCAACUCUUUCUCCAAAUGACCUUUCUGAAUACCUGGAUACAAGGAAUUCAAGACCUGAUGUUGCAGAUCAGGGGGAAAUAAGUGACAUAGUCCUGCUGCAUGCCACGCCUCCAGGAAAGAAGGAACCUGGAAAGAUCCUGAAACGUCCACCCAUCCUGCAAGACUACAUCAAUGUGACCUCUACUAAUGGCACACGAGUCUUCAUGGUUGUGAAGGAGGAUGCCAUGGCAAUGGAGUUUGCCAGCUCUGUUAGUUGGAAGAGACAGAGACCACAUCACCUUCUGGGUGUCCCAUUUGCCUACCUAAAAGAACAAGCAUUUGAAGAGCGCCAGAAGCAGAUCCUUGAGUCUUCGGAGCAGCUGAUGGAAGUGCUGAGCAGGCUGGGGGCUGAGGAAACUCAAGAUGCAGCCCCUGGGCCUAAUGGGGAAGAAGAACGCAGGGAGAGAUCGGAAGCAGAAGCAUCUGCCCAGCAGUCUCUCUGGGUUGACCAGUUCACUCCCAGGCGCUAUGUGGAGUUGCUCAGUGAUGAUUACACAAAUCGGUGCCUCCUGAAGUGGCUGAAGCUGUGGGAUGUGCUGGUGUUUGGGAAGGAGAAGCCCUGCAGGAAGGCCCCACUGCACUCUGGGACCCACCCUCCUUUCAAGCCUUCCAGAGAGGGGGGAACCAGGUGGAAGACCAAAGCACAGGUGACAGAGGAAGUCUUGGAGGCUGAACUGGACCAGCACAAUCGACCAAAAUUCAAGAUUGCUCUCCUUUGUGGACCACCUGGCUUGGGGAAGACUACUCUGGCUCACGUCAUUGCAAAGCAUGCUGGAUAUAAUGUGGUGGAAAUGAAUGCCAGUGAUGACCGUAGCCCAGAUGCCUUCCAAACACAGAUUGAGGCUGCCACUCAGAUGAAAUCGGUGCUGGGGGCCAGUGAGAAGCCCAACUGCUUGGUCAUUGAUGAGAUAGACGGUGCUCCAAUGGCAUCUAUCAAUGUGCUGUUAAGUAUAACCAACCAGAAAGCUGGGAUGGCAGAAUCUGAAGUCCAACCAAGUGGGGCAAAGAGCAAAGGACGAAGCGGGCUUCUUCUCCGGCCAAUCAUCUGCAUUUGCAAUGACCUAUACGUUCCUGCUUUGCGGCUUCUGAAGCAGCAAGCUUUUCUUCUCCACUUUCCUUCAACUCUGCAAUCUAGGCUGGUCCAGAGGCUUCAUGAGAUUGCCAUCCUACAGGGCAUGAAAGCUGAUAUUGGGGCACUCACAACAUUGUGUGAGAAGACCGACAAUGACAUUCGCUCUUGUAUUAACACUCUGCAGUUCCUGUAUAGCCGAGGGAAGAAAGAGCUGAAUGUGAGGACAGUCCAGACUGCAACAGUUGGCUUAAAGGACCAGAACAAAGGGCUGUUUUCCAUCUGGCAGGAGAUCUUCCAGCUGCCCAGAGUGAGGAGGAAGAACUUGGGAACAGACCCUUCCCUUCCAGCCAGGCUUCUCCUUAGUGGAGCUGAGGAUGGGGAGUUUGGCAGAGGCACAGGUCAGACAGCCAUCAGUUCCUCCACUCAGCAGUUCCAUCGCAUUUUGCACCUCAGUGUUUCUUCAGGGGAAUAUGAAAAGCUUAGCCAGGGCUUGUACGAUAACUUCCUCAAUAUGAAGGUGAAGGAUUCCAGCUUGGACUCGGUCUGCUUGGCUUUGGAGUGGCUUGGCUUCUCUGAUCUGCUGGGCAAGGCAAUCCUGUGCAGCCAGAGCUUUCAGCUGAUGAGAUACUUGCCCUUCCUCCCAGUUUCUUUCCACUUGCUCUUCGCUGCUUCCAGUAUUCCCAGACUGACGUAUCCACACAGCCAACAUGAGGCUCUAUCAAAACUAACCCAGAUGCAUCAUCUGGUAGAUUCCAUGAUUUCUGGAAUUGCACCCAACUCCCGCAGUCGUGUCAGACCUCAAUCUUUUAUCCUUGAAGCCCUUUGUCUCCUCUUGGAGAUCAUUUCGCCAAAACUGAGACCGGUGAACACACAGCUGUACAGUCAGAAGGAAAAGGAGCAGCUGUCGCAGCUGAUCAACAUUAUGCUGACAUACAAUCUCACCUACCAUCAAGAGCGAACUCCAGAAGGCCAAUACAUCUACAAGCUUGACCCGAAUGUGGAAGAGGUUUGUAGGUUUCCUGAUCUCCCGUUCCGGAAACCGCUGACUUACCAGGCCAAGCAGCUCAUUGCGCGAGAGAUCCAAGUGGAGAAGAUGAGGCAGAUGGAGGCCCCCCGCCAGGCAUUAGAGGCCAGGUCCCUCCCCACAGAAACCAACCAUGAAACGGGGACAGGUGGAGAACGGCGCAAAUCCAGAAUCAGGAACCACGAGCAAAGUCUGGGCCAAAUUGUGAAGAGAGCAACAGUUGAGGAAAAGCCAGAAAGAGACUUCUUUGGCCAGGUCAUCCUCAAGAAGAAUGCAGCCCCUUCACCAGGUAAGAUUGGGGCUGAAGUACCUGAGAAAAAUACAGUCGAAAAGCAAAUUGGAAAAGCUGUUGGGCAAAGUGAUGUUUGGUUCCGGUUUAAUGAAGGUGUUUCCAAUGCAGUUCGGAGAAACAUUUAUAUCAAAGAUUUGCUCUAGCAAUUAAAACAAAAAAUGAAAAUAAGGGCAUGAAAAAUCAGGCAAAAGGAGGACUUUUUAUAUUUUUUGUAUGAAAUCCUAUUUUGAAGUAAAUAAAGACAUGCUUCAUAUUGCUUUA